AGCCCCAAACAUGGUUGGAUAAACUCCUAGAAUUGAUUCAACUCGUAAACUGCCGAAGUAACUCAUACUUCACAUAGCUAAGUCAACCACGAAACAUAUUGUGUUGCUACCAUGAACCAAGCUCAUAUACCUCCUAAUCCACCGCAACGCGGGAUCAAACGCACAACACCUCUGUCGACGAAGUCUACUCACCGAAGCAACUAGCCAACAUCAAGCAACCCAAGACAGAUUACUUCAAGCCGGCCCAGACUAAGAUGGUCUACGACUUCGCGAUCCCAGAAGCACUCACACAGCUCCGUGCGAAGAUUGACCAGCCCCAUAGUAUGGGUAUGAUCAUCGGCGUGAUGCUAUACUACAUCGCCCCUCUACUAUCAACACAUUUAGAUAAUGCAGCUGCCUUCCAGAACAAAGUGCCCGACGCGUUAAAGUGCAUGACGGGAUUCGUUACAGCAAUCGAUCAGCACAUUGCUUACCUACGAUUUACCUACGGGUGCUCGGAGAGGUUCCCUGACGACACGAUGGUUGAUCGCAAGGGACGACGCCCACGGAAAAAGUACAUGGAGCGAUAUACGUAUCUUGUCGAAGCCACGUAUAAGCAUUGCAUUCGGGAAGGGUUACGCGACAUUUUUCAGGCUUGGAGAAAAGAGCAGACGCGGGAUUUCAAUAAGGGUGUCGAUAUAGUGCUCUCGGGUAUACAGUGGGUCGUGUAUCCGGAGAAGAAUGUUGUCGUCGAGGUUGGUGAGGGCGACUGGGCUGUUUGGCUCAGAGCACAGUGCGAAGAACUUGGUAUGGAGGAGGCGAGGGCGGGCAGAAAGCUGCUUGAAGACAUGUAGAUGCCUGGGAUGUAGAUGUAGAGGCUGGGGACGUGGAUCGAUCGCCCGUCAGCUCCACUAAUGGUAGUUGAUUCAUUGAUAGAGAACGAGAACUGGUUUGGCUUGAGAUGGGAAGAGCGUGAUGGUCUUGUCCUGCUUGUGAUUGCCAAUCAGUAGCUGUUUCGUGACGUGGAGAUGUUGCUGUGCUUCGUAUGCGCUGUAGAAACACUGGGGAUCCAUUCGAGCCAGCUCGCCGCUACGUGUGCGUUCGCAUAUGUAGUACACGGAGGUUGCCAG